GUGAUGAAAUAGGAGGCGCGCGCGCGCACACUGGCAUGCACAGACCGCAUCGGCCGGCAGAUGAAGCAUGCCGAGAGACAGCGACACAAAGCCGGGUGACCCGGGCCAGCGUGACAGGCACCGGCAACCGUUCCUGAUCGGUGUGGCCGGCGGCACGGCCAGCGGCAAGUCAUCGGUGUGCAACAAAAUCAUGGAGCUACUGGGCCAGAACGAGAUCGACCACCACCAGCGCCAAGUGGCCAUCCUCAGUCAGGACAGCUUCUACAAGGUCCUGACCCCAGAGCACAAGGCCAAGGCACUCAAGGGCCAGUUCAACUUUGACCACCCAGAUGCAUUUGACAAUGACCUUAUAAUUGAGACCCUGUGGGACAUCAAGGAAGGAAAAACUGUCCAUAUUCCUGUUUAUGACUUUGUCUCCCAUUCCAGGAAGGAAGAGACGGUCACGGUGUACCCUGCUGAUGUGGUGCUGUUUGAAGGCAUCUUGAUGUUCUACUCUCAGGAGAUUCGAGACCUUUUCCAAAUGAAACUGUUUGUGGAUACGGACGCAGACACACGUCUGUCGCGCAGAGUGCUGAGGGACAUUAGUGAACGCGGCAGGGACCUGGAGAGCAUUCUAGCCCAGUACAUCAACUUUGUGAAGCCUGCUUUUGAGGAGUUCUGCCUGCCAACCAAGAAGUAUGCUGAUGUGAUAAUUCCUAGAGGAGUUGAUAACACCGUUGCCAUUAACCUGAUUGUCCAGCACAUCCAGGACAUCCUGAACGGCGGCUUGAACAAACGACCCAACGGGUGGAUCAAUGGAUACGGGUUUAUGAAGCAGCAGCAGCCCGGCGUGGAAUCCAGCAGCCGGCCCCACUGACAUGAAAUCAAGUCGGCCUCUAAGUGCUCUUCUUCUUCUUCAGCAGUUAGAAACUGUAAAAGUCUUCCAGCGGUCUGAUUCUCCUCCGACUAAAGACAUCUGUGUAUAUAUAGAGAAUUUGAUUCAAGCUUUUUUUCUGAUUCCAGUUUCCUCCUCUGGGUUUGAACUUUAUGAUCCAAUUUCAGUUUGAUUCAGGACCAGAGCUGCUUGCCUUUACAACAGAAACAGACUUGAACGUGUUGUAAAAUCAGAAAUGGUAUUCUGCUCAACCAGUCUGCCUAUUCUUCUCUGAUAUCAGCAAUGCAUUUUCACCCACACAUUGUCCUCCGAACAUUUCCUUCUUUCAAAUUGUUUUCUCGGUUGUUUGGAGCAAACACUUGUUUUUUUGUGUGUCUCUCAUUGUUGUCUUUCUUCACUUGAUCCUUUCUGGGAAACAAAUAUGUCCAUAUAUGCAAGUUAAAGUUGAAAUAAGUUGGUUUUAUUGUUGCAUUUGUUUUGCUUUGUCUGUUAAAAUGAAUUUUGAGACAAGUUAAAGGAACCAGUUUCCCCCUCAGGUCCUCUGAUUUAACCAGGACCAUUGUGUCUUUUGUAUUUACUUUAUGAACCAGCUACAGAUGUUUAGUUCAAUAUGAUCUGGACUCAUUCACAAACAAUUGGAGCAAUUCAUUUGCUGCCAUAUUCUGAUGCAGACAGAUGAUUUUUUUUAUUUUUAUUAAAAGGUACACUAAUGGACACUGUCAUUAAGUUUAAUAUGUCUAAUGUGAAAAGUUGCUGUACAUUUUCUUAUACUUUUUUUGUAUAGAACUUUUUCUAAUCUUCUCAGGUACUCUGCUGUUCUUUCAAACAUUAAUGUCGAACUCACUUGGGCUAAAUUGCAGUAAUCUGUCAAAUUAAGUUAUUUCCAUUACUGAGAAUGCUUUAAACACUGCUUGAAAAACUAUGAAGCGUACAGAAAAUGGGUUGACUCCAAGUUUCUUUUGUUUUUUAUAAUUCUUGUUGGAAUAACUAAAGGAAACACUAUAUGCUUUCUGGGGGUAACUAUUCCCGGCAGAAAUAGAUUUCUGGCUCCUUUGAGGUCCAAUUUGGACCGACACUUUCUCUCCAUUAUUUUUCCUCUAACUUUUGCAUAAAAGUGAAAUAUAUGCUGUAGGUCAUUUGAAUAUGCAGGUGUUACAAGGUUCUCUCUUUUAUUUAUCAAAACAUGUCAAACAUUUAUCAAAUUUUUUCUUAUUUUUUUAUUGAACUGAAACAAGUGGUGAAAAAUAAUGAGUUCUUCUUAUUUACAUUAUACUAGGACCAGGUUAAAAGAAAAACCAUAUUGUGAGAAAAAAGUUCUGACAGUUGUAUUAACAAGACUAAACUGUUGCGAGACGUUGUAACAUUAUCAGAAUAAUGUCAUAACAUUAGAAGAGUUAAGCAAUAAUUUUCAGAACUCGACAAAAAAAAAAAUUAAGAUGAGGAAUGUUCAGUUGUUUAUUUCUCAAACAAGGAAAUUUAAUCUUUUAACACAUCAGCAUCAAUCAGCAUGAUCAGUAGCAGGACUUUGAAACAUUUGUGCAAACGACAGCGUUGACAAGCUGGUCACAUCGGAUCUUGAUGACUAUUGAAGAUUGUUUUUUUUCUCAAUAAAACAGCUUUUUCUCGCAAUAUUA